UGUGGAUUGUGGGAGUCGAGGACGCGGCCGAGGCUUGUCACCGGGAGAACCGGAGACAUUUUUUUUUCUUCUUCUUCCCCACAGCUGUGUCGGCGGCCUCAGUGACCAUGUCCAGCCGAGGAGCAAAGAAGAAGUCGACCAAGACGUCCCGGUCCAGCAAGGCCGGGGUCAUCUUCCCCGUGGGGCGCAUGCUGCGCUACAUCAAGAGGGACCUGCCCAAGUAUCGCAUCGGCGUGGGGGCGCCCGUCUACCUGGCGGCCGUCCUCGAGUACCUCACCGCGGAGAUCUUGGAGCUGGCCGGUAACGCAGCCAGAGACAACAAGAAGGGUCGCAUCACACCGAGACACAUCCUGCUGGCCAUCGCCAACGACGAGGAGCUGAACCAGUUGCUGAAAGGCGUGACCAUCGCAGCCGGCGGAGUGCUGCCCAACAUCCACCCGGAGCUGCUGGCCAAGAAGAGAGGGUUCAAGGGGAAGCUGGAGAUGCCCAUGUCGCCCGCGCCCGAGAAGAAACCCAAGCCGGUCAAGAAACCGGCGAGCAAGAAGAUGCGCGGGAAGAAGGGCAGAGCGAAGGCGAAGGCGAAGAAGCCGGGCGAGGUGAGCAAGGCGGCGUCGGCAGACAGCACCACGGAGGGAUCUCCAGCCGACAGCUUCACCGUGCUCUCCACCAAGAGCCUCUUCCUGGGUCAAAAGCUCAACCUCAUCCACAGCGAGGUCAGUAACUUGGCUGGCUUUGACGUGGAGGGGGUCAUCAACCCCACCAAUGCUGAACUUGAACUUAAAGAUGAUCUCGGCUCUGCUCUGGAGAAGAAGGGAGGGAAGGAGUUCACCGAAGCGCUGUCGGAGCUGAAGAAGAAAGGCGGCCCCCUGGAGGUGGCUGGCGCCGUGUUGACCUCUGGCUUCAGCCUGCCGGCCAAGUACGUCAUCCACUGCAACAGCCCGGGCUGGGGCUCCGACAAGUGCGAGGAGCUGCUGGACAAGACGGUGAAGAACUGCCUGGCGCUGGCGGACGAGAAGAAGCUCAAGUCCGUGGCGUUUCCCUCCAUCGGCAGCGGGAGGAAUGGUUUCCCGAAGCAGACGGCGGCCCAGCUGAUCCUCAAGGCCAUCUCCACCUACUUCGUGGCCACCAUGUCUUCCACCAUCAAGACCGUCUACUUCGUGCUGUUCGACAGCGAGAGCAUCGGCAUCUACGUGCAGGAAAUGGCCAAGCUGGAGACCAGCUAGAAGGGGGGGAGGGGGAGUGGCCACCUCCCAUUUCUAUUUUUAAUUCUUAUGUGUUUUUUCUUUUUGCAUUACGUUUGUAUUUUUUUAAAUUUUCUUUUCAAAAUUGGUUUUAAUUUCUUAUUUUACUUGUCACCUCUGGCAUUUAAAUGUAAAAGUGCACUGCUCAUUUUCCGGUCUUUUAUUACGAGCAGUGCCCGAAUCUUCAUAUAUAUAAUUAUAUUAUUAUUAUAAUUAUGUAUAUUUAAUAUAUAU